GGCAAGUUCCAUAUCAACAGUGCCAGUUGCUCGGGUACUGUGGCGCUAGGGGGGAAAGGCAAGGGACCCAGCAAGGAACCAGCAGCCGCACAGAUCAAAUGCUGACGCGAGCACCUGAGCACCGCGCUGCAUUGCACAGACAGCACGACUGACCGGAUGGAAGCGCGUGCAGCGGAGUGCUCUUGCCUGAUUUGGCAACGCUACUGUCAACAAUCAAAUUUCCCCACCAGCGCUCACCCAAAGCCAACCUUUCAGGUUCCCUCCGAACCUUCAUUUUCCAUCUCUUCUGCGAGUCAGCUUUGAGACUGAAAAUCACACCUUUUCUCCGUCUGCUCGCUUUGUCGGUUACCAGUUUGCAACCGUUGUCGUCCUAUCCAUCACAAUGCGCGAGAUUAUCAGUCUGAACGUCGGCCAGGCCGGCUGCCAAAUCGCCAACUCGUGCUGGGAGCUUUACUGCCUUGAGCACGGCAUUCAGCCCGAUGGCUACCUCACCGAGGAACGCAAGGCCGCUGAACCCGACCAAGGCUUCAGCACCUUCUUCUCCGAGACUGGCAACGGCAAAUUUGUUCCGCGGACGAUCUACUGCGAUCUUGAGCCCAACGUUGUCGACGAGGUCCGGACCGGCGCCUACCGCGGCCUCUUCCACCCCGAGCACAUGAUCACUGGCAAGGAGGAUGCGUCGAACAACUACGCCCGUGGCCACUACACGGUCGGCAAGGAGCUGAUCGACCAGGUCAUGGACAAGAUUCGGCGCGUCGCCGACAACUGCAGCGGUCUCCAGGGCUUCCUGGUCUUCCACUCCUUUGGCGGUGGUACUGGUUCUGGUUUCGGUGCGCUGCUCAUGGAGCGCCUCUCGACGGAAUACGGCAAGAAGAGCAAGCUCGAGUUCUGCGUCUACCCGGCUCCCCAGACAGCCACCUCGGUCGUCGAGCCGUACAACUCGAUUCUCACCACGCACACCACCCUUGAGCACGCCGACUGCUCCUUCAUGGUCGACAACGAGGCCAUCUAUGACAUCUGCCGCCGCAACCUGGGUCUCGAGCGCCCCAACUACGAGAACCUCAACCGCCUGAUCGCUCAGGUUGUCUCCUCGAUUACCGCGUCGCUCCGUUUCGACGGCUCACUGAACGUCGAUCUUAACGAGUUCCAGACCAACUUGGUCCCGUACCCGCGUAUCCACUUCCCGCUCGUCGCCUACGCGCCCGUGAUCUCGGCCGCCAAGGCUGCCCACGAGGCCAACUCGGUUCAUGAGAUGACCAUGUCGUGCUUUGAGCCCAACAACCAGAUGGUCAAGUGCGAUCCCCGUCACGGCAAGUACAUGGCCACCUGCCUGUUGUACCGUGGUGACGUCGUGCCGAACGACGCCCACGCCGCCGUGGCCUCGCUCAAGACGAAGCGCACCAUCCAGUUUGUCGACUGGUGCCCGACCGGCUUCAAGCUCGGUAUCUGCUACCAGCCCCCCCACCAGGUGCCAAAUGGCGACCUGGCCAAGGUCAACCGCGCUGUCUGCAUGCUCUCGAACACGACCGCCAUUGCCAAAGCCUGGGAGGCUCUGUCGUCCAAGUUUGACCUCAUGUACUCAAAGCGUGCUUUUGUGCACUGGUACGUCGGCGAGGGUAUGGAGGAAGGCGAGUUCUCCGAGGCUCGCGAGGAUCUUGCUGCUCUGGAGCGCGACUACGAGGAAGUUGGUGCCGACUCGAUGGAGGACGAGGAGGCUGAGGCCGAGUACUAGGCUGGCCUUGUAGCAGCCUGGUGCGGAAGACGGCGCAACGUGGGGUGCUGAUCCCAACACUUCAGCCCUUCUAUUACCACUUUUGUCACCCGCCCUCCGUUGGCAAUGGCCCUCAACAGAUUUGUGUGUUCUUGGCAAACUGUGGGCUUGGUGAUCUUCCUAGUUAGACGGAACGUGUAGUCAAUUUUAAUCACGAGUGCAACCAGCAUCCGUACAGAUUCCUCGCUUCUCAGUUGCGGCGCCAGAGCUUCAGCUUGGUCUAUUUUCGAAUGGGGAGUGCAGAGCUUGACUCUUCUUUCCAGGUUUUACAUAUUGCGUAUGCCUUGCUGCCU